AUGGAGCGCUUGCCAACUGAAAUCCUCGAGAUGAUCGGUACCUUCGUAGAUGACAAGCCCACGCAAAGGGCUUUGACUGAAACCUCUGUCGAAUUCCACACGCUGUUUACACCACGUCUCUAUUCCCCUAUCACCCUACCAAGCAUCUGGACACCCGUCCAGUUUGAUCUCAUUCGACGACUGUGCUCUUCGCCUGAGUUGGCGAGUCUUGUUCAUCACUUCGCUUUCAGGAUUCGGGGGUACGACAACUACGGCAAGGAUGAACUCCCCCAAAGGCGCAAAGAGUAUAAGCCCUUCAUUGAUGAACUUGUGGCUGCAUUAUGUGAACUGGGAUGUGAUGAAUGGGUGUGGUGGGAUGGUCUGGAGAGCUUAUCUAAAGACGCAUGGGCUUGCGCAACGCUCAUUAAAUUGACUCGUCUAACGACUUUGAAGAUCGCUCUUGAGAACAAUGAUUUUUCAGAUCUGACAGAGACGUACCUAGCAAGAAUCUGGAGAUCAGCAGCUUUUCGUCCACAACCACCAGUUCACGCUGCUCCUUUUCAAUGUCUCAAAGAUCUCUUCCUCUUCCAAAACCGCAGGCAGAUCUCAGCACAAACACUGCUUACUUCACAGCAUAUACUGUACCCGCUCUGUUUUCCGGCUCUCAACCAUGUCAGUGUGUGCGGACAUUUUAACUCUUGGGAUUAUGAACAAGAUCUCGAAAAGUGCCUGCGUCACGAUAAGCUCAUGAUUACAAAUUGUCCAGUCAAAGAGGUUACUAUUUGGCUGUCAAUAUAUUCCAACACAGUGAUUCAAUGGUUCAGACAAUCGAUUAAUCUCGAGCGUCUUAAUCUUGUGAUAAGUCAGGUGAAGCGUAAACCACCUAGAAUAACAGUCACCGACUAUUCACGCCAAGUCCUCCUGAUGGUAAAGGAUACCCUGAAGUCCCUUUCUAUUCGGUUGGAUGAAAGAUUACGGCAAGGCCUUAGAGUGAAAGGGCUCGAGUGCGAUCGCCUCAAGAUGAGUAUUUUCCCAUGGUCGUCACUCAAGGAUCUGUGUGCUCUGGAGCAUCUCACUAUACCACAUGUAAAUCUUACAGGGCUUUCAGACCAACGUACAUAUGAGGGUCAUCCAAAAUUUCUCAUUGACCACUUUCCUGCCUCACUCAAGACACUCAAGAUCACCGACAUUGGAUUCCAUUACAUCACUGCAUUACUCCUAGAUGUUGUGGGAUUAGUCAAACAGCGCACUUCCAUGCCCUCCCUGCUUCAUUUGCGAGGCUGGCAUCCUCAGUAA